AUGCAUGCCACCUUUCUAGCGCUCCUGGCCGUCUGCGCUGCUAGCGGCUCUUGCGAAGCUCCCAAUGUGGCACAGGAUGCAGCAGCAUUCGCACUUGCAUACGGUUAUCCUCUGCUCGCAUUCGAGAAAUUUGCGCGACCACAGAUCCAAACUUCUGGCGUCAACCAAAUACGUCACGCUCGGGCCCUGUCCACAGCAGCCAACACCAGCGUUGUGACCCCCAAUGUCGACACGCUCUACUCGACCGCAAUUCUCGAUCUGAGCCACGAUGCCGUCUCCAUUGAGCCGGGCAAGAAAAUCACGCAGGGCCAAGAGUCGUUCGACAUUCCUAGCGAACAAUUUGUCCUCUUUUCAUUCUACGAUCCGUUUGGCGACAACUUUGCCAACGCGGGAACCGGCCAUCCGAACAAUGGCAAGUCUUGGGUCGUGCGCCAGAAACCGGCCAAUGUUUCCUCGUACGGAAUCCAGUCGUCGGGUCAAGGACAGUAUUUUGUCAACUCGCCCUCUGCAUACACGAUAUUGCUCAUUCGGUGGCUCGUGAAUGCGACCAACUUGGAUCUCGUUCAUACUCUUCAGGACCAAAUUCUCGUUACCAAUACAAGCCAGGCCGCAGGGAAUCAGUAUCCCUGGCUAUCGUCCAUCCAAGGCGUCGACAAGUCCAAGUCGCCAGCGGCUAAUGUGCUUGAUCUUCUUGCGCAGUAUGCGCCAGCAUCCAAUCCUACCAUUGCCUCCGACACCGACACCGUCCGUCAGAAGCUUCGAGCCGCGGGCGUUCUGUCUGGCAACACCACUUCCGUUACCCUCCAGUCUGGCGUCAACAUUGACAAGGCCAACCAGACAGCACUCGCCGCAGCUACAUCUGCUACCUUGCACGCUACCGAAUCUGUCGGGAACGGUUGGGGCACCAUUCAGCUUAACAAAACCGGCAAUUUCGGCACAGAUUACAACCUCCGCGCCUCCAUCGCUGCAGCGGGCUAUCUCAUGCUCACCGCGCCCGAUGCUAUAUAUCCCACCUGGCGCAAUGCUAGUGACAAGAGCAACUCCAGCAGCAACAUUAUUUUAUCCCAGGGCGAGGCCCUUCUAUACACGUUCUCGGCGAAGCCUCCUCUGGCCCAGACGGGCUUUUGGAGCCUGACGCUGUAUGACUCGGAUAACUUCCUCGUUGCCAAUGAGCGCAACGUAUAUGGUGUGGGCGAUCGCUCUAACCUGACGUAUGCAGACGGUACGCUGAUAUAUGCGUGGCGCCUCCGACUAACUGGACGGCCAACUGGUUACCUGCACCAGAGGCAGGCUUGGGGUUCCAUGUCGUGCUCCGGUGGUACGGGGCGGAAGGGAAGCUGCUUAGUGGCGGAUAUGAGUACCCGCGCGUAA